AACAUGAAGACUUCUUACUAAUUAAAUGCUGCAACUGAACAAAACUGUAUAAUUCUGCUCAACACUAUUUUAUUUUAUGAUAUAUAGUAUUUACAAUACAAAAUGUUGCGCAAUACUAGUAAACUUCCAACAGCUCUGGUCAGGCAUAUUUCUUCAUCUUAUCAAAAGAAUAAACAAUUUGAAAUAACUAGUAAUAGUGAAUUUGUUAGCAAAGUAAUGAACAGUUCUGUACCGGUUAUUGUAAAUUUUCAUGCUGAUUGGUGUGACCCUUGUAAAAUAUUGACACCAAAACUAAUAGAACUUAUAGGACCAAUGGAUAAACUAGAUCUUGCUAUUGUGAAUCUAGAAUUAAAUCCAGAAUUAGUAGAUAUAUUUGAAGUAAAAGCUGUGCCAGCUAUUACAGUAAUUUCAAGUGGAUUAGUUGUUGAUAAGUUUGUAGGCAUGAUUAGUAUAGAUAUUAUAGAAAAUUUAAUACAGAAACUUACUACGAAUUCCACAAAUUCUGAAAAAGAUAAAAGACCAAAUGGAACGUGAAUAUUUUAAAUAUUGUAAAAAAAAAAAUUGUUAGAGCAAUUAAUUAAAAAUACUUUUAUUGUA